AUGGCAGAUUUAGUGACUCCGCCACUCGUUCGUCAAGAGAUUUCAUUUAUUCCUACAAUCCAAUUAAGAGCUUCAACCUAUGGUGCAAUCAUCGGAGAAUUAGUGUUUACUUCAUACUUCGCAGCUUCAAAUUAUGAUGAAAAAACAUUUUUUAUUUAUGAACCGAUACCAAUUCCGUUUAACCAUGCACAUAAACGUGUUAGACUUGCUCAAAUGCCAGCAUACAUAGACAUUCAUCCAGAUUCUCGUCAAUUUGUUCGAUGGUCCCGAGAAGAAGCAGAAAUUUGUUGUUUUGAAGUGAUGACAUCAUGCCGUAUAACACCAGUUAUCAAAAAGGAUCUUGAGGACACGUGCAUUUAUCAAGUUUUAAUUGAUACACCGCUAACAGCAUGCCACAUUGAACCUUAUCCAGAUUUAGUAUUUGUACGUAAAAUUGGAGAUUAUUGGGCAAUCUCCAUGAACUCCACAACAAAAUGUCAUUCAGCCAACAGUCCAGAUUCAGAUCAAUACAAAGUAAUGCAUAACCAUGCAAUUACCCUACCUCCAACCGCAUUAAUUUCUACCAAAACCUCUAUGGCUUUAUCAUGUGAUUUAUUUUACGUACCAGGACUUCCAAUCCAAUCGAAAUCAAAACUUGUUUUAUAUCAAAACGAGACAAUUGAUCCUGUUGAAGAAGUCAUUGAUCUACACUCUUUCAUUCACAACAAUACUAAUUGGGAUAAAUUACCGUGCAUUCCAUCUCAUGUCCAAACUACCAUUGACCUUAUCGCUAAAACGACUCAACCUCCUGAGGUCCUCUUUUGGGGACACUUCAAAACACAUGUGACACUCACUUUCAACAUUCUAUUGAUAGGAAUAUUAGUUCUACUGAUCAUUUUUCUAAUAUGCUACAUUCGUUUUAAAUUUCAACGAAAAUCAAAAGUCAAAAUUAAUAUCCCAUCAUGGAAAAUACUAGAACAACAAGAGCUAGCAUCUUCAAAGUGACAAUAUUCAUUUCUAUUAGCGUCAAAAUAUAUCACCAUUUGACGCGAAACUUAUUCUUUUGAUCUUUUUCUCUCUUUCAUCCUUCUAAUCUCAGUUUGAUAUGAGUCAUUGCUAACUUGUUUUGCCUUCGACUUUGUUGUUGUUUUUCUCUAUUCUUCAUCAUCUCUUUUUGCUAUAUGUUUGACAAAAUAAAACAUUCUCAACACUUCCUACCACAAAAGCCCGACCAGAAAAAACGACUUCAGAGUCGGAUUCUCGGCCCUCGAAAACCUAUAGCAAAGAUUCAUCAAAACGUCGAAAAUCCUUAAAAUGAAAAAGCUCAUUUCUGAUUGGCCGGUUCCCGACCAAUGAAAGCUCGGCAAAAAAAAGCAACUUCAGAUUCGGAUUCUCGGCCCUCAAUAACCUAUAGCGAAGUUUCAUCAAAACACCGAAAACCCUUAAAAUAAAAAAUUGAGGGUGGAUGUUUUUUUGACCUUGACACAAACAACGUACAACGUACAUACAAACAAACUAUUUUUUUUCAUAUGACCCUCAC